UCUUCGGUAAUGUAUUGCGAGGGAGGAGCUCUCACUAUCACGACGCUGUCGAUGUAUCCGGGGGAAAGAUGGCAUCACGCAGUGGGUGAAAGGAUAAUGAUAACGUAGCCUAUUGACUGUGUGACAUUCCACAGGUGCGCCGGUAUGUUGAGAAAGUAGUAGGUAUCCAGUUGUUUGUUGCGUACUGUAGCUACACAAGCAAUGCAUUUUACUUUUGCAUGAACAUCCGUGUUACAGCUACCGGAUUGCAGGCUUUUCACGUAAGGUAAUGACAGAGAUGGACACCUCGGUGCUGUUCACCUCGCUGUACGCCGUCUGCGAGCAGGCGGUGGCAGCGCUCUCCGAGGAGCCCAACGAGAUGGCGGGCGACUCCGCCAAGCGCCUCAUAGAGGUGGUGACCCUCAUCCACCAGCACGGCCGCGGCCUCGAACCCGUCAUCGCUGGCUUCACCGCCACCUUCCACCACUUCGACUUUGACCCCCUGGUCCCUGGCAACGGCUACCGUUCACUUGUGAAGGUUGUGCGUUCCUGCCUUCUCCACAUCAUCCAAAAGGGGCGCUAUAUCACCACCAACUGCCGGAAGCUGCUGUUCCGGGCGCCGCACAACACCAAGGAGAUGGAGGCGUACUGCAGUGCCCUGUGCCAGCUCCGAGCCCUCCUCUACCUGGCCCAGCGCCUGCUUCACGACAACGACCAGGGCGACCUCUACUUCCAGAAGGAGGGGGGCCUCAGCGCCAUAUUCACCCAGGAAUACGCCUCCAUGUACAAGGCCUGCUUCUACGGCCGCUGCCUGGGCUUCCAGUUCUCCCCAGCUAUUCGUCCAUUCUUACAGACUGUCGUCACUGGCCUGGUCUCCUUUGGCGAGAACUACAAAAAGCACAAAUCCUUGUUUGUGGAGGCAGGAGGUAUUACGCAGUAUGGAGUGGCAGCCAGCUCCUUCUUUACCUCUGGGAAGUAUGUGGUUGACCCAGAGCUGAGGGGGACAGAGUAUGAGCGAGCCAUUCAGAACAUGGACAUGCAGUUCUGGAAGACUUUCUGGAACUUGUCAGAAACUGAGCUGAUUUCAGGCCUGGCCAGCAUCAUGUCGGUCCAGGUGCAGGUGAACCGCACGCUGUCCGUGCCGCCCAUGUCCUUCCUCCUCCCGCUGGCCUCCGACCCCCAGCUGUCCGUCACCGUAGCCCCCCCCGUGGCCCACUGCGGCCCCGGCCCGGUCAACAUGCGCCUCAUCUCCCACAAGCUGCUGGAGGGACAGAACAGUGAGGAGAUGCUGGCGUUCUCUCACACCGAAGGCACUCCCAUCUCCAUGUCCCUGGGCCUCACAAAACCCAGCCCCCCCUCGCCCUGGCUCCUGGUGCACUUCCACGGCGGGGGAUUCGUGGCACAUACCUCCAAAUCACACGAGAACUACCUGAAGAGCUGGGCCCAGGACCUGGGCAUGCCCAUUCUGUCGGUGGACUACUCCUUGGCCCCCGAGGCCCCCUUCCCCCGGGCCCUGGAGGAGUGCUUCUACGCCUACUGCUGGGCCCUCAAACACUGCCACCUACUGGGGUCCACAGCGGAGCGAGUUUGCCUGGCGGGGGACAGCGCCGGGGGCAACCUGUGCAUAACGGUGGCCAUGCGGGCGAUGUCCCAGGGCGUGCGUGUCCCCGAUGGAAUCAUGGCGGCCUACCCCGCCACCCUGCUCACCACCUACGCCUCGCCCUCCCGCCUGCUCACCCUCAUCGACCCCCUACUGCCCCUCGGCGUGAUCUACAAGUGCCUGAGUGCUUACGCGGGCACAGAGCCACAGACAGGAACAUCAGAGACAGAGGGAACCAUGAAAACCCCUACUGACACAGUCAGUUCUCCGCCCUCUGACCCUUCACAGGACCAGACCAGCCAGGACCCGGGGUCUGAGAAACACCAGGCUGAGAACCCCUCAGAGGGGAGUGUGGUGCCCCCGUCAGGCUGGGAGGAGUACCCCGAGGGCUUCCGGCCUCUGCGCUCCGAGCAGCUCGCCGACAUCUCACUGCGGUGCUCCCCCAUCAACAGGAACCCCUACGUGUCCCCCCUGCUGGCCCCAGACAGCAUGCUGCAGGGCCUGCCCCCCGUCCACAUCGUGGCCUGUGCUCUGGACGCGAUGCUGGACGACUCGGUGAUGUUUGCCCGGAGGUUGCGACGCCUGCAGCAGCCGGUCACCCUGUGCGUGGUGGAGGACCUCCCCCACGGCUUCCUCUGCCUGCAGCACUGCAAGGAGACCCAGGAGGCCAACAGCAUCUGUGUGGCCAGGAUCCGGGAGGUCUUCAGCCAGCGCCACGGAAACACCAAUCAGGACGCUCCACCUGCGCUGGGAGAAACCAAUCCGGAGACAGACAGCUCCAACGAGGAAUGGACUAGAAACACUGGAGGCCGGGAGCUAGCUGCUGGAGAUGGGCAGAAUAGAUAGCGAAUGUGCGGGCGUGUGCGUCGGCUGUUUCCGCUCACGUUCUAUUAGGAGCGCCGUUCGGAAAGCCAGGGAAGGGCGGGAGGGAAGAACGCCACUCAAUGGUCAGAGGGGAGCCAAUAAAAUAAUGAAAUGGGUUUCGAAAAGGUUUGAAGAUUAAUUAGCUGGAAGGCACUAAAGGGGGGGGGCGGCACAGGUGGUGCAGUGGGUAGCACUGCCGCCUCACAGCAAGGAGGUCCUGGGUUCAAAUCCCCGUCGGCCUCUCUGUGCGGAGUUUGCAUGUUCUCCCCGUGUCUGUCCGGUUUCCUCCCACUGUCCAAAGACAUGCAGGUUAGGCUGAUUGGAGAGUCUAAAUUGCCCGUAGGUAUGAGUGUGUGAGUGAAUGGUGUGUGUGCCCUGUGAUGGACUGGCGACCUGUCCAUGGUGUAUUCCUGUCUUUCGCCCAAUGUAUGCUGGGAUAGGCUCCAGCCCCCCUGCAACUCUGUUCAGGAUAAGCGGGUUCAGAUAAUGGAUGGAUGGAUGGCACUAAAGGGGUCAGCCUGUAGCCAAGUGGCUAAGGUGCAUGACUGGGACCCGGAAGGUUGGUGGUUCAAGCCCCAGUGUAGCCAUGAUAAGAUCUGUGCAGCUGUUGGGCCCUUGAGCAAGGCCCUUAACCCCACACUGCCCCUGGGUUCAGUCUAAUCAACUGUAAGUCUCUUUGGAUAAAAGUGUCAGCUAAAGAACUGUGAUGUAUUGUCAUGUAACGUAUACUGACAAGAAUUCCCUGCCCAGUGAGCAGGCUUUCCAUUCAGAACAAUCAGUGACAAGUGCCAAAUAUACAUUUUAAGUUAACUGUUAUAUGUGUUCAUGCGCCUCUUACAGCAAAAAAAAAGAUGUAAAACCAUCAGAUUAUUAUUAUGAUUAUGUUGCCAGAUGAAUGAUUUCAUGUUUGCUGAGGUUUAUUUGAAUGAAAAUAAACCAUGCAGGCAAACCUCCUGUUUCAGCU